CCCAGGCAACCAGGGCUCACUCAGCCUUGGGUUUCUGGGAGUUCCAAGCAGGGGCAGCACUCUCCAUCCAAGCCCCCCAGCUUGUGCUAAGGUGGCCAGAGACACCUAUAGGCGAAUGGCAGUGGCGUGGGAGGAGUAUUUCCGGCUGGCCUUCCAAGAGAAAGCGCCUACGAAGCCACCAGAGCAGAAUGUGGACCACUUUCCACCCCUGCUGCGUCUCCUGGAGAAGAAGCAAGAGCUAGCAGCUGCAGACCAGGAUCUGCAGGCCCAGAAGGAGGAGUUCCGCAGCACGAUGGCCACCCUGAGCCAGCGCUGGGCACAGCUGGAGCAGAAAGAGCAGGCGCUGAAGGAGUCCUUCAUCCGCUUUGACAAAUUCCUGCAGGACGCCGAGGUUCGGCGGCGGGACCGCGCGCUGUGGAGAGCAGCGGAAGGGCACGGAGUGCGACACCAGGAGGCAGAGGCACUGCGGCUACGCGCACAGCUGGAGGAGCUGCGGCGGGAGCGCGCGCGGCUGCAGCACAGGCUGCAGCGCCUGGAGCCCUGCGCGCGCCUACUGGAGCGCGUGCUGGAGCAGCUGCCUGAGUUUCAGGAGAUUCCAGAACUGGUGGCGCGCUUCGACGGCCUGGUAGACACACAGGAGGCAUUGAAGGUGGCAGAGCGCAAGAAACAGGUGGAGCUGGAUGAGACCCGUGCUCAGUUGCAUCGUCUUCGGGAAACCAAGCAGGAUGAGCUGCUGCGUCUGGGCCAGCAGCGCGCACAGCUGCACGAGCAGUUGGAGGCAGCGCAUGAGCGUACACUGCAGUGGGAAUCCAAGUGGACUCAAAUUCAGAACACUGCGGCGGCCAAGACGCUGCUCCUAGGACGCACUCGGAUGUCUGUGCUCAACCUGUAUCAGCUUGUGCGCCUGCGCCAGAGUCAGCCUCUAGCCCUGGAUGUGGAGGACACAGAGGGGCAACUAGAAGAGGUGAAGCAGUUCAUCCUGGACUUCUCAGCCACACUGAGCAGCCUUGCCGAGGCCGAGCCCACAGCUACUGCCUCCUAGUCAGGCCAGGAGAGCAGCGAAGAGGACACGAGGGGCAAAGUCCUACAUUCCUUGGUAUGGAGGUUCAACACAACGGCUCUCUGAAUAUGCUUCCUCCUGGACAAGAUAAGAUGGAGCUGCGCCAGCCCUUGCCGUUAUGGGGCUUCCUCAGGACAUUCAACUAGUUAGGCUGUCAGUGGGGGCUGACAGCAGUACUGGGCCCUUCACAAGCUUAGACAGGGCUAAGUAAAGUGUGUCUGUCUGAACAAAA